GCAGAGGAUUUAUUUCAGGCCUCCACCCAGCCUGGUGGACUUCGGACUCCAAGUCAGAGGAAAGACAACUGAACGCCGUUCCAGGAGCAAGGGGUGCCUGAAGAUGGCCAAGUUCCUUUCCCAGGACCAAAUUAAUGAGUACAAAGAAUGCUUCUCCCUGUACGACAAGCAGCAGAGAGGGAAGAUUAAGGCCACAGAUCUUCUGGUGUCUAUGAGAUGCCUGGGGGCCAGCCCCACGCCUGGGGAAGUACAGCGGCACCUGCAGACUCAUGGGAUAGACAAGCACGGAGAGCUGGAUUUCUCCACCUUCUUGACCAUUAUGCACACGCAAAUCAAACAAGAGGACCCAAGGAAAGAAAUCCUUCUUGCCAUGCUGAUGGCUGACAAGGAGAAGAAAGGUUACAUCAUGGCAUCUGAAUUGCGAUCAAAACUCAUGAAACUGGGAGAGAAGCUCACUCACAAAGAAGUGGAUGAUCUUUUCAAGGAAGCGGGCAUCGAACCAAAUGGCCAAGUGAAAUAUGACACAUUUAUCCAGCGGAUCACCCUUCCUGUGCAAGACUACUGAGAGAGCUGAGGUCCAGGGAGAAGAGGAUGAGAGCUCCGGGGCCUGAAAACCUAGACUAUUUUUUAAAAGGGAAAUCUAGAGAUGGCAAACAUGGCAGUAAGACCACAUUGCAGGGGAUUAGUACCAAUAAAUGAUGUAGCCAUGGUA